CACAACAAUAAACUUCCCUUGGCAAAGCCGGAAAGUACACAAAGUAUUUCGAGGAGAGACGAUCGGCAAAACGAACACAAACGACAGAGAUAAAUCCAUAAUCAGUUCAUAGUAUUUGUGUAGUAAUUUAAAUGCAUUAUUGUGAGCCGGGAAUGCUAUUUAAAGACCCGAUUUUGUCUCCGCUAGUCGCAUGUAGUGGCACAACAAUAGUCUGCAGAAACAUUCGAAUAUUUAAAGUGAAUUAUUUUUACCUUAACCUUGAUUGAGUCCGUGACAGUCCUAUGCGUUGAAAAAAUGAAGGUUGCCAGGAUUCAGAAUUCUCUUAAGGAUCUUAACAAAGACAUCGGGAAUUGUGAAAGGCAACUGUCCCGAGUGAUAAAGGUGAAUGACAGUAACGUAGAAACUGGACGGUCCCAGAACGCUGCUGCUACUGCUGCUGCUAGAAACGUCAAAUCAGCCUACCGGCAGCCAAAUACUUCGCAUAUAAGUAGAAGUUUAACAAAACAUUCAAGUGAAAAUCAGAAACUAAGGAGAUCACAUUCCUCCAGCAAAGGUUUAAGUGUGAACGAAAGAAACAUAAUAUGUAAAGAAGUAAUAAACAAAAAUGCCACUGUUGAGGUUGUGGUAAGAACAACAUCACCAAAGAAAAGAUCAAGAAGUGCUCAAGCCAGGCGAACAAACCAUGAAAUUCCGACUAGAGACAGUGCCAGUAGAAACAAAAGCUCCAACAACAAAGACUGCUCCUCUCAAAAUACUCAGAAGAAUGCUUCUUGGGGCCAUAUUUUUCAGCAUCAGAGUUCCUCCGCUGGCCAUCGGCAUAGGAACAAAGUGGCCCACGGCAAAGCAGGUCUGACUUUACACUAUACCAGCAGUGAAGAAGACCAAUCUAGUGAAGAAUCGGCUAAUUGGGCAUCCAGCGUCCCCCAUGGGAAAGGAAGAUCAACUCACAAAUCUCCUUACCGAUUCGGAAGUAGUGUAAAGAAUGGAGAUAUGAGCGAAAACUACUUGUCUUCAUUCAAUCCGUUACGCACUUUGAACUUUCUUGUCAAAGAGUUGCGUGGCAAAGUUCAUAAAAACUGUGAUGAAAAUAUGCAAAGAAUAGUGGAAGACAUGGAAAAAACCUUAUGCACUAUGUCUUUUGACGUGUGUCAAACAUCACCAACAGCUCCAUCAGCUAAAGUAGCUCCUCCAAGGUCUAAAACUAUUUCUGCUGAUCCAGGCGAAGUCAAGCAGAUCCCCUCCAAAGAAAGAAACAAGCCUAACCAUCAGGAGCGAGGUCACUUAAUCAAUGAAGCCUCUCCAAACCUUGUUGAUAGGCUGUUGACUACAGUUUCGCGUAUUACAAAAAUUACUGGUUUUCAUGAGAAUCAAAGUUUAAAUCCUUUAGUUCACCAAGACAAACAGUCAGCUUCGUUCAAACAAUCCCCCUCAAUUAAUUAUGCUGCUGAAAGUGUUCAGACUCAGCUGGAACAAGGAUGCAAACAACUAGAGGACACAUGCCGGCAGAUGGAAGAAACAUGUAAAAAUCUUGGGUUGCAAAAAAAUCAGUUGUUAGAGGAUUUGAAGAUAAAGACACAACAAUUAGAAACUGCUGUGGGAAAAAAUCAACAGUUAACCAUGUAUGCUGCUGAUCUGAGACAAGAAAUGGUUAGAGUCCAACAAGCAGCUGAACUGACACUUCAGGAGCAUAAAGAUUUAAAACAAAAAUUACUGAACCAGCAGCGUGAAAUACAGGAUUCUAAUAAUAAUUUAAAAAGGCAAUUAGAGGAAACUCUGCAAGAAAACCAACGUUUGAAAACAGAACUUCAGUUAUGCCAGCUUUACAAGGACAAAAUGAAUAUUUUUAUGUCAAACAAGGAUUUGGAAGUUGCUAAGCUUAAAAAAGAAAUAGUGGAUAUAAACACACUUGUAGCAGAGCAGUUAUCCAACAUUCGCUCUCUCUCCCAAAGAAAGGGCUCUCCAAAUAAUUUUGGUGAUAUAAUAGAGGCUUUCAGUCAAUUGCAUGAUACAAUUGAUAGUGCUAAUAGCACUUUUGAACCUGCACUCCUAAGAAGGGAAGAGUUCAGAAACCAUUUAGGUGAUGGAGAAGGUAGCAGGAGCCGCCCUAUCUGUUCAUCACCAACAUCUAGUGUUAAUUCGUCCCUUUAUAGCUCAUGGCACUUGAUGAGUGACAUCAUGGCUGACAAUGAGUCAGGAAAACGAGAUGGGCAAAAGGGAUUGUUGACUUUGCCAAAGGAUGGAGCUGUAAAAAAUUCAAAGGAUACUAUCAAAAGUUCACCCACCCCUGUUGAGCCACCUGUUCAAGAAAAAUCUGAAAAAGAUGAAUCUGACGGCAAAAUUUCAGUGGAGAAAAGUGCUAGUGAACUAAAAGCGGGGCUCCAUGAUAUGUUUCAUCAGCUAAAGAAGCAGACAUCCGAAGCUGUGAAUAUUGCCCUUCCUAGCCCACCAAGAAUCUUCAACCAGGGCCAAGAAACAUUGGGUGUAUCCCAGUGGACAGAACUUUCAGCCUCGGAAUCCACAGUACUUUUCCAUUCCAGUGAAGAAUCAGAUUAAAUGUGAUGCACUCGCUAGUUAACAACACUUUUGAUAAAAGUUUUCAUAUUUUAAUACACUUUUCACAUUUCUGCUGUGUUCUUUUAUCAUUCGUAUUUUUGAUGUGUCAACUUGUCUUUCAAAUUUUAUAUGUUUUUUUAAAUUUUUUUACUGUGUGUCUCUUUGGUACAAUUAUAAUUUUUAUUUUUCCUAAUGUAUGCUCUAUUUUGUAAUACCUGUAUCAUGUGAAAAUUUUAUGUGAAUGACGAGAUGGCGAUGAAUUAGAACUGUAUGAAGUGAACUAACCCGUUGGGUUCACCCAGAAAAAAAUUUGCAAGUGGGCCUGUAAAUAUAACUAAAAAUCAUCUAGUGGAAAAGCCCAAGACUAGCCUCAUAGGAAAGUCAAAGGUGUCUUAGUACAAAUGUAUGUAUGUUCUUGGAUUUCCCUGAAGUUCCAAAUUAAAGUGCCAUAUUGGUAUAAAUAACUUAA